AUGCAGAAAGAUUGUCCUGAACAGACCGCCGUGUGGGAAGAGGACAGUGUCUCCCCGAUUGCACGGCUCCCGGGCGAGAUACUCGCAGAAGCCUUCUGUUGGCACAUCCUAGCAGUCUGCAGUGCUGCCGAACGCAAGCUGUACCCCGCCAAGGAUGAUUUCAUUUGCCCUGAUGUCAAGCCCUCUUAUGUAUCCCCUCCCGCGCCGUACUCGUGGCUCAGGAUCCGACAUAUUUGCCGCGCAUGGCGCGAGGUCUCACUGAUAUAUCCAGAACUGUCGACUCACAUCUUCCUCAUUCACCCAGAGUGCGUCCAGGACCUACUCAGCAGAUCGGGCACCCUCCCUUUGCACAUCUACAUGUCAAGCUCCAUGUUCACGUACACUCAAAUGAGCAAUGUGGCCGCAUCCUGCGGGCUGUUGUCAGCUCAUUUUGAGCGUAUCUAUUACGGCAGUGUGCCUAUCCCUGAGGAUAUAGUCUAUUCCCAACCGCAGCCUUUGAUGGGUGGGAUAUCUAGGUUGAUGGUCUUGGAGUUGAACUUUUGGAAAGCGUCAAAUCCCACUUCCCCCAUUAUUUCUAAUUUCACAUUCCCCCAACUACAGCGCUUAACCACCCGCAACGGUACCAUCGCUGCGCUCCGUCCCAUGCUUGUGUCCCAUCUUCGAGUUCUAAGGCUCUUGCAGUGUGAACCAACGUCGGCAGAAAACCUCCUUGCUAUCCUGCGACCGAUGCAACACCUCGAAGAACUCGUGCUAUCAAAUACGAUCAGUGGAGAAGCGGACUGGCGCCAGGUCCGCGACACUUACUUGCCGGGGCUGCGAGGCACGGUCGACCUCCCUCGGCUGCGGCUGCUCAGUAUCAGCGAGCGGAGUGCCCUCACAGGCAUCCCCUUUCUCUAUUGCAUCGCACAUCCGCCUUCCACCGCCAUUCGUCUCAGCUUCAAGCGGCUAUCCAGCUGGCACAUCCGGCACGGCGAGGGCGGCUGCCUGCUCAGGCUGCUGUCUGCCAAAAUCGACGCCUGGAGCGAUCUCGACGACCCCUCCCUCCGAUCUCUGCGCGUGGGCACCAGCAGAGGAGACCUCAACUUCGGCGUCAUUGUGAACGUCUGGCGUGAACGGCUCCCGCUUUCUGCUCUACAGAACUCCCCCCGCGACUCCACGUUCUUCCAGAUCUCUCUCGAUACAGACCAUAAGACGUUCAUGACUGGCCUGCUGCACCGUCUGCCGCUAGCGGAUGUGACAGCCGCGCUCAUCGUGGACUCGGCAUCGCUGUGGGAUGCCGUGGACUGGGAACAACUGCUAUCGCACCUACGGUCUGUCGAGGAGCUCACCUUGCGCUAUGAAGUCUUCUAUACAGUACAAGCCGAACCCCGCACCGCUCGAGGGCUUUGUCCUCAGCUGCAGGUGCUCCGCAUACACGAAUGCGCGGUGGACAAGCCCUACUUCGCCGUCCAGCAGCUUCCGCCAAACUAUGCCAGGCUUGCGGAGCUCGCGCGUGGCAUUGUCGCUAAUGGCGGGGAGACGCUAUCGGUGCACGCAGAGGCAGCCGACUGGGUGGGCACGGUGAAAGGGCCGCCGGCUGAGCCCCUUGGACAGGGCCCACAGACCCCGAGGCAUUGGCUUGCCACUUGGGUCUCUGAGGACUCAGGACUGCGAGCGGGCUAUGUCGACACUUGGGAAUGCGCCUCUGGGGGAACAGUAUAUGUCUGUACACUGAUGCUAUACCACUAUGAGACAAGUAUCACAUCAUUUGAGGCCUAA